AUGAUGCGAACAGAAAUCCGUCGACCAAGCGUGAACUUCCCCCAGUCCGGUAGUGCCAGUCCAAUUGCACAAUACUCUCCUUACAGCCAACCAGCCUCCGUCGCGUCGAGUCAAUACGACAAUCACAGUACUCAGGGACAAUAUGGACCAAUGCGUAGACAUACCCCCAUUCACGAUUCCCGCCAGGGAUCCGUGUCUAUGGAGAGUGAACGCAAUAGUAUGAUAGCCAUGGCACCAUCCAACCAGAGCAGUGUCCAGCUCAUGACAAUUCAGAGCCAGGAUGGGUCCCUACAUAACAUCCAAGUGGAAACACAGACCGCUUCCAAGGGUGCCGAUGAGAAGAGGAGGCGUAAUGCUGGCGCUUCUGCACGUUUCCGUGCUAGAAGGAAAGAGAAGGAGCGUGAAGCUUCUAUGAGCAUAUCUAGAUUGGAACAGAACGUCCGCGAUUCGAAUGAAGACGCCGAGUACUAUCGGGCUGAGAGAGACUAUUGGAGAUCGAUUGCAAUGCAGGCUCAUCCGGAACGUCACAUAACCCGACCACCAUCGCCCCGUCUAAGGCGUGUAUCAGUAACGCCAUCACGCGCACUAUCUUCUACCACUGGGCACGGUUCAGAAGCGUCUUAUGACGACUAUGAAGAGGAGACGCGCGAGGAAGAGCGCAAUGUUCGGAGAAGAACUAGCAGCUAUCAUCCGGCCCUUGGUCCUCACCACACUGAUGCGUCUGUUUCCGGCCACGAAUCGCAUGGUUAUGCUACAUCCACCUUUGCACCAGUAAACCAUGCUCCUACUCAGCCUCAUCAGUACCCACAGCAUCAACAGGCACAAACCACAGGUCCUCAGUCUACAACCAAACGACCAGCAUAUGGCGAAUCGUUUCCUCCUGAGGCUAACAGGUAUGAGCACCGCACCUGGGCUCAUGAGCAGACCCAGGAAAGGAAGUAA